AUGGAUAUGCAGAUGCAAGAUGAACCGAUUUGGAGUCCAUUAGUUAAAGAAACAUUUUCUCUUUGAUCAGAAGCGCAUACGAUUGAAGCUUGCAAGGGUAUUCUUUCAGACCAGUUGGUUUAUAUAAAAGGAGAAAGUAUGAGCGCAUUGAAAGAAUUCAUCACCAAGCAUAACGUUCCAAAUGACGUCCCAGAUGAAAUCUUGUCCGAAGGCAACGCCGAUGACGAUGAUGAGGCUGUGAGGACCAUGAGUUCGGGUCUUCGAAUGCUCCGACCGGAUCUUAACACCUGCUAUCGUGUGCAGAAUCCAUGA